GUUGACAUUGACUAAUUACAUUCUCUGAUCGUUGAGAUUAGUGUGCGAUGCCUGCAAUGAGAGGAAGACCCAGUUGGCCAUUGUUUCCCUCUUCUGCUUCCAAUGAAGAAAACAGUGAUAAAGGUUAACAUAAACUGCCAGAUAUGCAAGACAGAAGCACUGAAAGCAGUGACCAAACUUUCAGGUAUCGAUCAGAUCUCAGUUGAUGGUGAGAAGCAGACACUAACCGUUAUCGGGGAGGUUGAUCCAGUUAAGGUCAUAAAGCAGCUAAGGAAGGUUGGAAGGAUUGCACAUAUUGUGAGUGUUGGACCACCAGAGACUCCAAAACCUAAACCCCCAGACGAUCCUGUUAUUCCUCCUCCUCCUCUGCCUCCUUAUUGUAAUGGAUGCCAACUUGUCCCAGUUGGCUAUAUAGAUGAUCCCUAUAAUCACAGUGUUUGUGUCAUCCUUUGAAGGAUUUAUUGUUUCGUUUGUAUCAUCUGUGUUGGGUUCUUUCAUCAAAUAAAUUUGGUAAUCAAAAUAUUGC